AUCGGACCCGAAUCAACAAAUGGAGACAGAAAAACUGGAUGUAUACUGCAUGUGAGGAGAAACCAAGGGAGGAUAUAGAGUCUGCCUUAACAUCCUUUUAUCUUUGCAUCUAAUACUACUGUGAGGAACCCACAGGGAGGGAAAGAAAAACAGCGGACAACUCAUUUUUCCUCUAACACGUCUGUGAAGCAGAGGAGCUGUGAAUAGAGUGAGCUGUGGGACUCGCUGGGAUUUCUGAAUAUAAGCUCAUUGCCGGUGUGUGAGUGUGUGUGUGUGUGUGUGUGUGUGAGAGAGAGAGCUGAUAAUAGCAGCUCCAUUGGUAUUCAGCGGAGGGAGCUCCAGGAUCUCGCUGCGCCUUUCCCCAGGAUGGGAUCACAGAGCAGGGAUUGUGCUUGCCUGUGGAGAGCCCGCUGAAAUGGAUCUGAAGCCUUGCAGAGAUGGGCACCAAAUGGACAGCAUGGAAGCCAACAUCCACCCUCCAGCGACCAGCUUUCCACAGCUAACUGCCUCCACCAUCUCCUGCCAUCAGCUCGAACCAUCCGAGCGAGGGCUGAGUCUGCAGAGUUGAGCCUGGACCAGCCGUCUACCGAAAGCAGAGAUAAGCAGAGGGCGACAGGCCUCGGAGGAGUCAACGCGCAACAAGCCAGUCGGCGUGUUGAGCGCACAAUUGAGCUUCUUGGACUUCAUCUAAAAUGAAAUAGGCUGCAGUGAUGCUUGAGCAAUGGUACAGAGCUUUUGGAUAUGUCCGGAUUUAUCAACCGGAUAUAUUUUUGAGAUUACGACACUUUGGUGCACACCUCAGAGCUCAGCCACUUUUUCCAGAUUGGCUUGUGGGCAAAAGCGAGUAAUUGAAAAUCCCCCCUCGAGAGGCGCUCUGUUUUGAUUUGUUGCGGGGGAGGAGGGCCUAUCAUUAUUGUUUUUUUUCUUCUUCUUCUUAUUUUUUUUGUGGAACAAUUUCCAAAACACCCGGCUUUUAUCCCACAAAUUUCCCCCAGUUUCUCUCACAUUGUGGAGAAGUACAUUAUGAAGCAGUACCAUUCUUCUUCAUCCUCCCUCAGUGACGGAGAGAGAGGAGGGACAGACUGUCCAGAAUAGAUAACGAGCAAGGAGACUGGCACCGAGGAGAGGAGAAGGAGAACAAAAAAAAAAGGAAGAAGGAGAAGAAGCAGAAAACGGGGAAACAGGUGGAAAAAGAAAGAGAAGGAAGCCGACAGGGGGGGAAGAAAAAAAGCAGGGACAGCGAGAAAAUAAAGGACAGAAUUAACUAGGAUUGCACAGAAUCUUUUUGGAGACUCUUUGUAAUUCGUGUUGAGGCUAGUUAGCGCAAUGGAUAGGGGAGGGGUUCAGGAUUUACACUGGGGAGGGGGGGGGGACUUGAGCAGGAGACUAGAAUGAUGUCCCGCCUGCACCUGCCUGGUCUGUAUCUCAGUGUUUGGGAGGAAGACAGGCUGAAAGAUGGCCUGGUAAACAGACAGCUGUAUUGAAUGACAGACAAGCUCUGAGUCUGGUGAGAUAGACAGACAGACAGGAAGACGGGUACACAGCCCAAGUGUCAGGCAGAGAGCCAGGCAGACAUCCAGCGCCGGCACAGUAGACGGCGCGCAAAUCAUUGUCAUUCUGUGCAGAGCGUGAGAGGAAGGCAGAGAGCAGGAAAGAAAGCAGAAGAGCAUCCUGGUGGUUGUAGCUUCUGGAGAAUCUCAGUCAGUGCUGUGGCAAGCUCAUGCACUAAAAAAACCCAAACAAGCAGUGAGGGAGGGAGGGGGGGGGCUGUUACUAGAAGGGAAAUACAGGUUGGGGAGAGGGAGAGCGAGAGGGACGGAGGUAAAGAAACAGAGGGAGAGAGCAGGUGUCGGAAAUCCUCCCCUUCAUCUGCUUGUCAUUUACUCCUUUAUGCUCUCUCGUCGUCUGCCGAGGUGAUUGGUUUUCUGUUACCGCCGUUCCUCUGCUUACGGGCCCACUGCAAUCCCGAGGAAAACGAGAGGUGGGCAGACAGAGGCAACCAGAAUAAGACAGCAAAAAAAAAGAAAAAAGGAAAAGGUGGAGCCUUUUCUGAUUGACUCAUUUUCACCUGUUCCUUUUGUUAUUUGUCGAGGUGGGCUCUUGUUAUUUUUGUGUUUGCUUUUAUUUAAAAGUCAGAGAUAGAAAGAAGAAAAACACACCUGCCCAAUCGAUCCCCCGUACAUCCUCUUUGUACACAAACUUCUUUUUCCACCAAUUGUUGAUUUCUUGCCUUGCCUAUCGGGAUUAUUUUCUCUUCUCAGUAUAAACACGGGAUUGCUCCAGAUUCCUCCUGAAUGUCCUCACACCCACUGACACAGUGUGAACUCCUCUGACUCCCCCCACGCCCCCCCCACCACCACCCUUCACCCCCUUGGCUGAAGCGCUAAAACUCUGUGGUCUCAGAUCUCAGUGCCUGUGUUGACUCACUACUACAGUGAUAAUAUGGCACGGCGCUUCUGAUACCGUCUGAUUCAUUCUGUGGCGGUACAGGCAGCCAGCAGACCAUUCUCCAUGAGGAGCAGUAGAAGAUGCCGGCUCUGCCAGCACUGCUGCUGUCAAUACACUUCCUCUCCUUCCUGCUAGUCACCAUGCCGCCACGCUCCCUCAGUCAGGCCCCUCUGCUCUCCUCUGUCCGCAUGGCUGCAAUCCUGGAUGACCAGUCUGUGUGUGGGCGUGGGGAGCGGCUGGCGCUGGCCCUGGCCAGGGAGAACAUCAACAGCGUGAUGGAGGGUCCAGCUCGAGCCCGCGUGGAGGUGGACAUAUAUGAGCUGCAAAAAGACUCCCAGUACGACACUACAGACACCAUGUGUCAGAUUCUACCCAAAGGCGUUGUCUCUGUGAUAGGUCCUGCCUCCAGCCCCGCCUCUGGCUCUACUGUCAGUCACAUAUGUGGGGAGAAGGAGAUUCCUCAUGUAAAAAUUGGACCCGAGGAAACUCCUCGCCUGCCGUACCUGCGCUUUGCGUCUGUUACUCUGUACCCUAGCAACGAGGACCUGAGCCUGGCCAUUGGAGCCAUCUUGCGCUCAUUCAGCUACCCCUCAGCCAGCCUGGUCUGCGCCAAGGCUGAGUGCUUGCUGAGAUUGGAGGAACUGGUUCGCCGCUUUCUCAUCUCCCGGGAGACCCUGUCAGUCAGGAUGCUAGAUGACAACCUGGACCCUACGCCGCUGCUGAAGGAGAUCCGUGACGACAAAGUGGCCACGAUCAUCAUUGACGCCAACGCUUCCGUCUCCUAUCUCAUCCUCAAGAAGGCGUCAGAGCUUGGGAUGACAUCAGCAUUUUAUAAGUACAUCCUCACCACAAUGGACUUCCCCCUGCUGAGACUGGAUGACAUAGUCGAUGAGCAGUCCAACAUUGUCGGCUUCUCCAUGUUUAACACCACCCAUCCCUUCUAUUUGGAGUUCAUCAGGAGCCUCAAUCUGUCUUGGAGGGAGGGCUGUGACCUAACGUACCCCGGCCCUGCGGUCAGUAUUUCGAGCCCAUUGAAGCCACUCAGCUGCACCUCACCUCAGAUCUGGCAACACGGGACCAGUCUUAUGAACUAUCUGCGCAUGGUGGAGUACGAUGGUUUGACAGGGCGAGUGGAGUUUAACAGCAAAGGUCAGAGGACCAACUACACCCUGCGGAUCCUGGAGAAACACAGAGGAGGCCACAAAGAGAUCGGUAUCUGGUACUCAAACAACACCCUGGCAAUGAACUCCACCAGUCUGGAUAUUAAUGUCUCAGAGACGCUGGCAAACAAGACCCUCAUUGUCACCACCAUACUGGAGAACCCAUAUGUGAUGCGUAAAGACAACUACCAAGACUUCCAGGGAAAUGACCAGUAUGAGGGCUUCUGUGUUGACAUGCUGAGGGAACUGGCAGACAUCUUGAAAUUCUCCUUCAAGAUCAAGCUGGUGGAUGAUGGCCUGUAUGGGGCCCCAGAGCCCAACGGCUCUUGGACUGGCAUGGUUGGAGAGCUAAUCAACAGGAAAGCAGACCUGGCCGUGGCAGGUUUCACCAUCACAUCAGAAAGAGAGAAAGUUAUCGACUUUUCUAAGCCGUUCAUGACCCUGGGGAUCAGCAUCUUGUACAGAGUUCAACUGGGUCGGAAGCCCGGUUAUUUCUCCUUCCUCGAUCCCUUCUCUCCAGCCGUCUGGCUCUUCAUGUUGCUCGCCUACCUGGCUGUCAGCUGUGUGCUGUUUCUGGCUGCAAGGUUAAGCCCCUACGAGUGGUACAAUCCUCACCCAUGUCUUCGAGAGCGCAGAGACAUGCUGGAAAACCAGUACACUCUGGGAAACAGCUUGUGGUUCCCUGUUGGAGGCUUCAUGCAGCAGGGAUCAGAAAUAAUGCCCAGAGCCUUAUCCACCAGAUGUGUUAGUGGAGUGUGGUGGGCUUUCACCCUGAUCAUCAUUUCCUCCUACACGGCCAACUUGGCGGCCUUCCUGACCGUCCAGCGGAUGGAGGUUCCCAUUGAGUCUCCAGACGAUUUGGCCGACCAGACGAACAUCGAGUAUGGCACGAUCCACGGCGGGAGCACCAUGACCUUCUUUAUGAACUCAAGGUACCAGACCUACCAGCGGAUGUGGAACUACAUGAACUCCAAGCAGCCUAGCGUAUUUGUGAAAAGCACGGAGGAAGGCAUCGCCCGUGUGGUCAACUCCAAGUAUGCUUUCCUGAUGGAGAGCACUAUGAACGAAUAUCACCGUGGCCUGAACUGUAAUCUCACACAGAUCGGAGGCCUGCUGGACACCAAGGGUUACGGUAUUGGCAUGCCACUAGGAUCUCCAUUCAGAGAUGAGAUCACACUGGCCAUCCUCCAGCUGCAGGAGAAUAACAGGCUGGAGAUACUAAAGAGGAGGUGGUGGGAGGGAGGCCAAUGUCCCAAAGAGGAGGACCACCGUGCCAAGGGUCUGGGCAUGGAGAACAUUGGGGGCAUCUUCGUUGUGCUGAUCUGUGGCCUCAUUAUCGCUGUGUUUGUGGCCAUUAUGGAGUUUGUGUGGUCGACACGCCGCUCGGCAGAGACUGAUGAGGUGUCUGUCUGUCAGGAGAUGAUCACAGAGUUCCGAAACGCCGUCUCCUGUAAAAAGAGCUCUCGAAUGCGCCGCAGACGGCCCCUGAGCAGCUCAGCAGCCUUGCGUCACCCUACCCGCAUUGCUCUGGGGGCCCCUCGGCCCCUGCGCCUGGUCCGGGAGAUGCGGCUCAGCAACGGCAAGCUGUACAGCGGAGCUGGCCCCCUGACAGGUGGAGCUGGAGGGGGAGCCGGAGGAACGGGGCAGCCAGAUCUGGGCCCUGGGCCCCAAAGGAUCCUAGAUGAUCCGCUUGGAGCCAACACCACCCCACCUCCACCUGCCCCCACCCCUGUGAUGCUGCCUGCGCGCAGCUGCACUCACGUGAGGAUCUGCCAGGAGUGCCGCAGGAUCCAGAGCCUGAGAUCAGGUAGCAGUAUAGGAUCAGCGUCAACAAGAAUACCCCCUUCAUCCGCCCCCCUGCCCCGGAUACCUCCACCCCCACCCCCAUCCUCGUCCAAUACAGACAGUGAGGGUGGAGGCGUGCCCAGCCCAAGGCGACUACAUCACAGCCCCCCAGCUCAUACCCCUCGACCCAUUCCACCUCCGCAGAGCAGCAACACCUCAGACCUUCUUGGGGACCAGGACUGAGGAACGAAGCGGGUGAGGUAGAGGGGUGAGAUAUAUGGGUGAGGGACAUUUGUGCUGCUUAGAAAAAAACACUGUUUCCACUGAUCAGAUUCAUCCGAGAACUAAAAUGUUUGAGAUGAGGGAACAAAGGAGUAAAAAAAAAAAAAGAAAAAAAAAGAAAAAGGAGUUGAACUCAUGAUAAGGCCAGCCAACACGGAGAGAGAACGAGAAGAAACAUGGGGGACCAAGACUUCAUCCACUUCAGAACUGAAGACACAGAGAGGUGGUCAUCGGUUAAGUGUUUGCAUUUGGCUAAGAAGAACAGUUCAGUUUGGAUAAAAGAGAGAGGAGAUGCACAUGACCACGCGUCAGUGCCCGCUGGCCUCCUUUUGUCUCCUUACUCCCCUCUCAUGUCACUUCUCAUUUGAGGGUCCUGGUUUUCUUUCACGGACACUUCACUGGAAGCUAACCAGCCCUUUACUGAAAUGAAGCCUUGCUGGUGGACAUACUGUAUCUGUAUGUGGUUUUAAAACAGCAACUGACUUCCAGAGAAUUUAUUCCUGAUGUUUUUUUUCUGUUGUCUUUUUGUUACCAUUGUUCUAAGUGGGAAUUUCAGAGUUAAAAAAACAGACUACGUGUGACAAUAUGGUGGAUUAUAACAUACCAAGACACUUGACAACAGCUAAUUGUGUUCGAGAGUUUUGUGCCCCUCCCUGUGCCCCAUAGCUGCUUUUUGGAUGGGAUCGGGGAAGCUGGAUGAAGCGACUUCAAGGCAACGUAAUGCAAACGGUAGCAGAGAAAACUGUUGGUCUGCCUUUCUUUACACUGUGUGUGCGUGUGUGUGUAAAAUUUGUGCUUCCUGUAAGUCUGUCCGUAACUGCUCAAAACGAGGAGAACCGUGUACCCAGCAACAGCUUCUUUCUACCAAUGUUAGAUAUUCAGACAGACACAAAAAGGGAGAGAGAGGGAGCGAAUGAGCGAGCGAGCAAGAGGCUUUGAAAUGUGAAAUUAAUGUCCCUCGUUAUCCUGGGUAACGCUUGCCAAGCCCUUACUUCUUUUUCACCUCUGUUCACACCAUGUAGACAAGAUAGAGAGACUGGGCGAGUCAGAGACAGAGAGGCAAGAUAGAGACGAGCAGGAAAAGAGGAGGUGGAAAGAGCCAGAGAGUUAAAAAAGGACACUACUGAAUUUGAAUAAGAAUUCCCUCACUGAACUACUUCCAUUAUUAGAUCUGUCCUGAUCUGUUAAUUCUGGGCAUCUUUUAAGGGGCUUGUUAAUGCGCCAGCAGACUAUAAAUGCGGCUUCCUCCCAUCUCUCUGUUCGACAGGCUAUCUUGGCCGUCCACAGCAGCGGCUCCUGCCAGUAUGAUAGACUCAACACAGCCUUGUCAAUACCGUCUCAAGCUUUUGAUCACCUAAUUACUCCCCUCAGUGGCUGGGGACCCAUUCAGGAGGGGGUCGAAUGCAGGGAAACGCGCUGAUAAAUAGAUAGAAGAAAUGUUUUUUCUCUCUGGCUGGGAAGCGAAUCUGUUUUAAUUAUGUUGUUAAUGUUAUAGCCUUACAGUUUUGUGAAACUCCAAUGAAAACAGACUCUAGUGUACAAGCAAAGUGUGCCUAAAGGGAGAAAUACUGGUGGGUUUGCAUGUUUUUGCCCUUCUGCUUUAAAACUUGUUUAGUUUUUGCUCAACAUACAAGACCUUUUUAGACCAGCUUCAACAACUGUGGCACAAAAUACAUUACAUACAACAGUUAUCAGUCUGGAUUUUUUAAUUGUCAACAAAUUGCAGUUCAAGUAGGGGACAUGUUCCUUUGUAUCGACCCUGUUAAAUACUGACUGCAACAACCAGUGCCUGAAAAUAGUCCCCCAUUAAAUAUAGCCUUUACUAUUCUUUCUCCAACAUCUGCUAAAAACUGCAGUUCCCAGCUGUGUUGCUUUUUUAAAAUGGGACUGCACUCCGUGUUUCAGCGGGAAUAUAGACAUUGUUUACAAAUCCUCCAUCUUCCUCUGUUUGUGGGCACUACCGUCGUCGUAUUCACUCAGAUGCAGUGUAGUGCUCGGCCUGUUGUGGUCUAAUGGAGAAAAAAAAAAUCAGACCAGCUUUAUGUCAGCAGUAAAUCCAAUUAUUUACAUGAAUGCGAGAGAGGCAGCAGGCGUGUUGUUCUCCUUAGAUCAAAUAUAGGCGUAAUUAAUUUUACACGCUGCCGCGGUAAAGCGUAUGUAUACCUCUGCCGAACAGUUCAUGUUAUGUUUGCAUGAUUAAUGCAGACAUAUUACUCAGAAUGUUAAUGUUCCAUUAUUAUCAUGUGCAGCAUUUGCAUUUUCUACAGGUCACUGACUCGAUGUGCAUUGAACCUGUUGCCCAGUCAGUUCCCAAAUUAAUCCCUGCUGAAUGAUUCUCUACUUAGUGGACUGGGGGCGUUCGAUACACCCACUUAGUUGUGGUUAGUGUACUUACAGUGACAGUUGUAAUAAAGUCUUUCUGGAACACCGACAUUCCAGAUGUAAGAGUUGGAAAAUGCAACGGUUAUAGUAUAAGACAGCGUCUGUGUUUUGUUAUUGGGUUUCUUCACAGAUUGAUUUCCUGACAGAGUUUAUGAAUGUAAUGCUUUAGAAGCGGAUUCCUAAUUAUUGGAAAACACAGUGUCCCCGCUCCCUGCCCGCAUCAGUUUCUUUCUUUUUUGUCUCCCUCUUGCCCGUAGUUUGGAAUUGCCGUUUUCCAACGUAAAGAUGUGUCCCCUAUUAUCUUCCAAAUCCCAACUGCAGCAUCCCAUAACCAGCAGUAAUGCUAAGUGUGUAAGAUAAUGUGCAAAGCCACCAGUUCACCCUUUACAAAUCCCUCAGAAAAAUGAAGGCAUUGUUGUCUAGACUAACACUGCAUUGCUAUAUAAUGUUAUGCAUUUUGUGGGGAAGCAGGUUUGUUGACACUGUUGUGCUCCAGAUAACGAAUGAUAACAUUGUUUGCACACAUUAUGCCGUUUCUCUGAAUGAUUGCUGUCAGAAGAAGCAGGCUUGAUUUGAUGCCUCUCUCUCUUUCUCUCUGUUUACUUCUGCCUUUGUGUCCAGAAUGCUGACAGGAGCGAACCUUUUUCACAAAUCUUUACAGCACACACAAACAAAAACACACUCAUCCGCAACGCCUUCGUCUCCGAUUCCUUUGUUGUCUAAAGGCUGUAAACCCACCGGUUGUUUGUUGUUUUCAAAGUUGUCUUCUGAGUUUCUUUAAUGACUUCCAUGGUUCAUACAAGCUCCGGAAACCUGAUGUGUGACAGUACCACACAGCCAUCAAGUGGCCACAAACAGCUUUAAACCAUCAGCUGAAAGCAUUUACAAGCUGCAGUGCAUUACCGUGGAGAAGCGAGAGGAAGGUACAAGCCCUAAAAAAUACAUUCAAAAAAAAAAAAAAAAAAAGCCAAAAUAUUGCUAGUAUUAAUCUAAAUGGGAAGGGAGGGUCACAAAACAGAUCCAAUGGGAUGUCUGAACAUUCACUCCACGAAACAAACAUUUGUUUACUUUUAUGUUGUUUUCUUUGGUAUUUUUUCAUAUUUCUAUACUAGUGCUAAAUGGAUUAUUAAAACUAAUGACUAUUAUGAUGAAAUUGUUAUUAUUACUAUUGAAGACAAGAGGCUCUGUGGUGUGCGUGUGGGUGAAGGGUGGAGGAUGGGAGGUGUUGGGAUGAAGGUGAAAUGAUGUUCUUCAGAGACCGCCCUGUUGUUCAAACCUAUAGACACACAGACUUCUUUUGGAAUAAAAACAUUCAAACAGUC